AUGUUUCUCGAGCAUCACUACUUCGUCACUCUGCUCCUGGUCCUGGUGGCUGCCGAUCGCUACCUCGUGGCCACCGGCGGCGGCAGCGGCGGCGUGGAUGAUGGUCGGCAGUUCACCUACAACAGCUUCGUGGGCGUGAACCUGACGCUCGAUGGCGGCACAACCGUCACGCCAAACGGCCUCCUCAUGCUGACUAAUGGCAGCCUUCAGAUGAAAGGCCAAGCCUUUCACCCGUCCCCGCUGCCGUUCCGCGCCGAGGCGAACGGCACCGGCACCGGCACCGUGCGGUCCUUCUCGACCACUUUCGUCUUUUCCAUAUUUGGGCAAUUAGCGAACCUGAGCAGCCACGGACUGGCCUUCUUCGCCACCACGUCCAGGGAGGUGCUCUCCACUGCGCUUCCAGGCCAGUUCUUGGGCCUCCUCGACAACACCAAUGGUGGCGGCAACAGGAGCGACCAAAUCUUCGCUGUGGAGCUCGACACGCUCCUCAACGCCGAUUUCCGUGACAUCAACAGCAACCACGUCGGCGUGAACGUCAACAGCCUGAUUUCUAUCCAGUCCACCAACGCCGGGUACUACGACGACGGCACUGGGAUGUUUCAGAACCUAAGCCUGAUCAGCCGGAAGGCCAUGCAAGUGUGGGUAGACUAUGAUGGGAUGGCUACGGUGAUCACCGUGACCAUGGCUCCCCUGGGCAUUGCCAGGCCCAAGAAACCCCUUCUGCAGGCCACCGUCAACCUCUCAGGUGUGCUGCAGAGCACGGCGUACGUCGGAUUUUCGUCGGCGACAGGCGUCAUGUCCACACGCCACUAUGUGGUGGGUUGGAGCUUCGCAUUGGACGGGCCAGCACCAGCGUUGGACAUCUCGGCCCUGCCGACCUUGCCGCGUGCCUGGCCCAAGCCACGGUCUAAGGUGCUCGAGAUCGUGCUGUCCGUAGUCUCAACGACGCUUGUUGUAACUGUGGGCAUCGCCGUUUACUUCUUUGUCCGACGGCGUGUCAAGUACUCCGAGCUGCGCGAGGACUGGGAGGAGGCGUUUGGCCCACACCGAUUCUCUUACAAAGAAUUGUUCCAUGCGACCAAAGGGUUCAGUAACAAGAACCUGCUCGGGGCAGGAGCUUUUGGAAGUGUUUACAGAGGCAAGCUCCGCAAGCCUCCCAAAGAGAUCGCAGUGAAGAGGGUGUCCCAUGAGUCAAGGCAGGGGAUGAAGGAGUUUGUAGCGGAGGUUUCAAGCAUCGGACGACUACGGCACCGUAACCUUGUGCCGUUGCUUGGGUACUGCCGACGCAAAGGGGAACUCCUCCUGAUUUACGAUUACAUGCCAAACGGGAGCCUUGAUAAGUACUUGUAUGAUACAUCUGCAGGUGCUCUGGAUUGGCGUCAGAGAUUUCACAUAAUCAGAGGUGUGGCUGCUGGGUUAUUGUAUCUCCACGAGGACUGGGAGCAAGUGGUCAUCCACCGAGAUGUGAAAGCAGGCAAUGUUCUUCUAGACAGAGAGAUGAACGGGCGGCUAGGAGAUUUCGGCCUUGCAAGGUUGUAUGAUCAUGGAGCCAACGCGCAAACAACACAUGUGGUCGGCACCAUGGGCUACCUAGCUCCUGAGCUAGGACAUACCGGCAAGGCAACCCCUUCCACCGAUGUCUUCGCUUUCGGUGCAUUCCUUCUGGAAAUUACAUGUGGGCGGAGGCCAAUUGAGCAACACGGGCGGAAUAACAACCGCAUCGUGCUAGUGGAUUGGGUAAUGGAGCAAUGGCGUAAGGGCAUGAUCAUGGACGUGGUGGAUACGAGAAUUCCAGAUGGGUUUAGCCCGGACAAGGUCUCGCUGGUGCUGGAACUUGCGUUGCUGUGCUCACACCCGUUGCCUACUGCGAGACCAACCAUGAGGCAAGUCAUCAAGUACCUCGAUGGUGACACGCUCCUCCCGGAUUUGUCACCGGCGUACCUCAGCUUCACCAUGCUAGAGCGGAUGUUCGAUGGGGAGUACAACCAGAGCAUGCUGGCAUGCACGUCAUCAACUAGCAUAGGUGCCAUUUCCGAUCUAUCAGGAGGAAGGUGAGGUUCUCGCAGUGAGUUAAAAAAAGUGUAAUAGUGAUAUUGACUAGAGGCUCCCAUAUAUCUAUAUCGUACUCAUUUUACUGGAAACGUACGUAGUUUACCUUUUCCACUAGCAUCCUGACCAGAG